GCGCAGUGCCACGAACCGUUGUCCAUUUGGCGCCAUGUUCCUUCUCAAGCCGCCGUCGUCGUCUCCUGUCACUCCUGACACGUCACGGCGCCGCCUGUGCGUGGGUCUCGUGGCUUCCGAGUGGAAGUAUGUUGCUGAGGGCGGUGCCAACGUGCUGUUCCGUCACCGACCAAAGGCCGACGCAGCUUCCAGCUCCAUCGCGCAGGAGUUCAAGGGCAAAUUGCUACGCGUCAAGAAGUGCGACGUGGCGCAGUCCACCACCGACAAGCAGAAGAAGAAGGCCAAGCGUCGUGCGUCAGGCGAGAAGCCUUACGUACCGCAUUACCCACAUCCGAGGCAGGUGCUGGACUAUGCCACACAUGAGAUCAUGCCAUACAUGGAGCAGCAGCUGCACGGCAACAGCGCACACAGCACCGCUACUCGACGAGAAAACACAUAUUUGCAGGUAGCAGAGCUGGUAGAUGUCGAGCGUGGGUUCUUGCAGGCACUGAACACGCAACUACUGGCCCUGGAGAGUCGACCAGCGCACAGACGACAGAGCCAGAUCGAUGUGUCGCUACAGUGCGUCAUGGUGCUGCCAGAUGUGACGCUGCCUCCACCGGAUGAUGACAACAUGCCACGUUUCUUCCAGUCCACGAGGAGUUACCUGGAACUCGAGGCUGAGGCAGAAGCAGAUGACAAAGAAGGGCAUGUUUCGCUUAUGAAGCGACGAGAGUCUAUUGUUGACCAAACGGAUGAGGAUGAAGAUAACGACCUAGAUGGAGACUCUUCGGACGGGAUCGAAGCUGACGGCAAACCUUAUGUCGUUUGCAGCAGUACAAGCGUCAGCAGUGCGUCAGAUAAAGAAGACGACGAUGAAGACGAAGAAACUGCAUUUACCGAGCCAUUGACCUCUAGUCUACAACGCUUAGGCUUGUCACGGUCAUUCAAGAGUACACGAAGCAGCUCGUUCCGUGCAGGCAACGUGUUCGACUGCUGUUUCCGCAAUAUCUGCGUUGAACUGAAGCCCAAGAUCGGAUUUAAACCGAAAGGUCCAUUACACUACAAGAAACGCACUGGCAAAGUGGAAGAGAUCAGUCAGUAUUGCCCAUUAGAUCUGUUCUCACACGACCCGGCGAGGAAGCGACAUGCACUCCGAGCCUUGCAACGAACACCACAGAACAAUUUUAAAGUCUUUGUGCGCUCAGCUGAGGACGAAGUGGUGAAUGUUAUCACAGGGCUGAACGCCGAUGCUCUGCCGAAAGGUGCAGCGCAGUCGCGGUAUUCCUUUUGUCGACGCAAACGCAUGGGAUACCGUCAUUCGUGCCAGUCAAUUGGUGCAGAGCAUGAACUGACGUUUGAUGAGAAUGCGGAGUACGAACACGAGCGAGAUCACGCGCAGUUGAUGCCUGAAGUGGUUGAGCUAAUCACACAGGUUUUGACUGAGCUGGAUAUUCUCGAAGACUUGAAGCAGAUACAGCUGCUGGACCACAUUUCAGUGGACGGUAUACGUCAUCUUCAGCUGCUGUUGCACAGACUUGAUGAAGAGAAAAAGCGUGACCAGUCGUCGUCAUCGGAAGACAGCACUGUGGGGCGAUUGGUUGAAUCGAUCCGGCAAAGAUCCGAUUAUCCUGCAAUUGAGGAUGUCGACCAAGAAGGAGGUCUUGCACGUGGGUUGGCCUUCCUACGCAUUGCACUGAACCAUCUACCGGAGUUAGAGGUGCUACAAGACGUGGCAUCGUGGGAAACGAUGCACUUGCAACAGUUCCAUGAGCUGUACCAGGAACUGGAAAAGAGAUUCCAAGUGGCAACAACUCUGAAAGACUGUUCACUGUUGUUGUGUUUACGGCGCUCGCCCGGUGACGAUGCUGGCAGACAUGAUGAGGAUAAAGCAAAGCCACGCUUCCAGCAUCUAAUGGAGUUUGAACACCAUGUGCGCUUCCGCGAUCUGGCGUUCGACUGUGUGGUGGCCAUCGUGGAUCUGGACGUCAAGUCACACAAGUCUGUGGAGGAUUACUACCGACUGGAUGAGAAGAUUGCGACGAAUUUCCACCGCGAGUUCGGCAGCCGCGGCGUUGCCAAGGUGCUGUGCCAUGAGGAUUGA